AUGUCUCAGGUACCCCGGGAAGCAGCAGAAGCCAUCCUACAACCUUCAUUCCCUGUCCCCGAAUCUGCCAUUUCCGUAGAAGGACCAGAUUUUGAAACCGACCUUUCUCUGCAGCAACUCCUCCAGAGUUAUGAACGCAUCGGGUUCCAGGCAAACAGCUUGGGGAAAGCCAUCGAUAUCGUAAAUCGCAUGCGAAAGUGGCGGUUAUCUGACGAGCCCAUAUCUCCUGACGAAUCUGAUGAAUACAUGGAUCAUAAUAUCAGGGAACGAACACGCUGCAACAUCUUUCUCGGGUAUACUUCUAAUCUCAUCUCUUCCGGUCUGCGCGACAUCAUAAAGUAUCUCGUCAAACACAAGCAUGUUACCACAAUAGUGACCACAGCGGGUGGUGUCGAGGAGGAUUUCAUCAAGUGUCUUGGAAAAACAUACUUGGCCGAUUUCAAAAUGGAUGGCGCAGACCUCCGCAAAAAAGGCAUGAAUCGCAUAGGUAACCUCAUCGUCCCGAACGACAACUACUGCAGAUUCGAGGACUGGCUCCUACCAAUACUGGAUACCAUGUUGGCAGAACAGAAAACUACCGGCGAAGUAUGGACUCCAAGUUCUUUUAUCCGCAGACUUGGAAAGGAGAUUAACAACGAAGAGUCAGUGUACUACUGGGCUUACAAAAAUGACAUUCCAGUCUUCUGCCCUGCACUCACUGACGGAUCGCUUGGGGACAUGAUAUAUUUCCAUUCAUUCCGCUCCCCAGGGUUGAUAAUUGAUAUCGUCGGUGAUAUUCGUGCUCUAAACGAGCUUUCCCGCAAGUCUAAGAAAGCAGGUAUGAUUAUUCUUGGAGGCGGAGUAUGCAAACACCAAAUUGCCAAUGCUAUGCUAAUUCGAAACGGCGCUGAUUUCGCGGUCUACAUGAAUACGGGUCAAGAAUUCGAUGGUUCCGACUCAGGCGCGCAACCGGACGAGGCAGUCUCGUGGGGGAAAAUCCGUGCGGGAGCUGAGUCUGUUAAGGUUUUUGCUGAUGCUACCUUGGUUUUUCCGCUCUUGGUUGCCGCUACGUUUGCACGGAAACAGUUGUCGUAA